CUCGUUCGUGCAGGAUUCUGUCAACAAUCUCGCGUUCGUCACGGUAGCUGUCAGCAUCUGUCAUCGACGAUCGUUCACUUCCGAGUCCGUUUUCGGCUUUGAAGCUUUCAGCAUUUCACCAAAGAUCCUCCAUUUGUCCCCUACGAAACACUCUUGGUGGUUACGUUUCUAUCCUUCCAACAGAGAAGCGCUUGCUACGCAAUCUGUAAUAGCUCCGUUUCCAGGCAGAACACUUUCGACUGUGAGUUGUCGGGAUCUAUCGACGGACGGAAGGAACAUACAUGCACGUAUCGCAUUUACGUAUCAAAUACACGUAUCGCAUACACGCACCCGUCGUCGACACGAAAAGGAUGAACGCGUUUACUACGGGACCGGAGUCAACUGCUGCCGACCGCCACAACAGACGCGCCACGGGAAUUUCUUCCGAGGCAGAAGAACGCCGGAUGGAAACCUUGGAAAUCAUGAACACACCAGUCGAAAACGAUGCGGAAGAGGAGGAGAACGAUAUCGAAGAAGCUCCGGCGCCCGUUGCCGGAUGGAGAUUCUGGUGGAUCUUUGCCAGGUUUCCGCUGGGUCUGUUCCUCGUUAACACAAUCCUUCUCGCUUUAAUCACCCUAUACAAUCCACAAUACUUUGCGUCGAGUUUCAUGGGAAACUUGACCGACGACUUUAGUUCCGACGAGGGAAGGGAUCUCUGGCGUGUGCUGUUCACAGCGCUCAAAAUGAUCAAACACGGGAUGGCGGCCCUCAUAGCUUGCCUGAAUGCUGUUGUUCUGUACUGGUUCACAGUACGUCUCAAGAAGGACAUGGAAUUGCUUGCGCAAAAAGCUCAACAAGAAGAGCCUCAUGGACUGCCAGUUGCAAUCGAGAAUCCGAGUAGGACAAGAACGGCACCGUCGCCAAAUUCGGGCUGGGGCUGCAACGAACUGGACCUGGUGCACGCUCGAGUGGCCCAAAAGAUAGACUCAUAUCUACUUCGGGACCCGGCGCGACAACCGACCGUCCCCAUUUUGGUCAGCCUGUUGUACCUACUGACGGCACUCGCAGUGACGGCUUGCCUGACUGCACUAUCACUUUUAAUAUUUUUGUACAGCUCCGAAGGAUCUUACAUAUACUCGGAGAGCAUCACCUCACAGUCGAAUGAUACAGUGGAAUUUGACACAGUGGGAUUUGAGACCGACUGGAUGGAAAAUAUCCCGCAAGAGUUACAGGAAUGGGCAAGCCAGAGACUUACAGAAUGUGCUGGCCCAUCAUACAUUCAUAUGAGUGACGGAACUACUUACUUUCUCGGUAGAACGGCCCAAAAAGAAGACGAUGAUAGUGAAUUUUGUAUAUAUUCUGACUUUGAAACGCUGAUUGCGGCCAACACAGAUGGAAAAGUUACCGUGUACGGUCAAUUCAGCACACUCCAUAGCUUUGUUAGCGUUUCGGAAGAGCCUGGUGAAAGAUCCAGUUCAUUCUGUUUCCUCUAUACGGAGUUUGCUGGACACGACGACGAGGAAAGAUAUGAAUACAAAAAGCAAGCAGUUGCAUGUGUGACAUCAGAUGAAGAUAAAAGUCAGGGAUUUCGAAACACAACUCUUCUAACCAGUGACAAAUGGAGUGGGAUUGGAUCGUCCACUGGCAAAGCUCACGAUGGAAAAUACUGGAUUCGGCUGCUCAAGUAUGAAAAUUUUGAGAACGGGACAUUCUAUCAAGAGGUUUUGCAAAUCAUACAGCUGAACCCGCAAUCGAUGGUCCAUACUAUAAUUGCAAAUUCAACUCUCUUUGACGAUUUUCAUCAACCCUUGAUGAUCGAAGAUAGCAGAGGCUUCUGCUGGACUAGCGGCAUUGGGUACCUUGCUGCCGUAAUAUCUCUGUUUCUUUUGGCGCUGGUGCUCCUACUAUUCAUCAAGACAAAGUCGGGAGCAGGUUGCUUGGCGUUGUCUAUCUUUGCAGUCCGACUUUGGCUGGAAGAAACUUGGCUAGACGAAACUUGGCUAGACAUGCUGAGUCCAGUAUUGCUUGUUUUUACAUUCAUAUGCUUGUGCACGGCAUCACUCAGCCUUGCCGUCCGAGAGAUGUUGCUAUGGGGAAUGUAUAGCGUCAUUGUGGUGCAAUUGGUUUUAGCUAUUGUGAAUCGAGAAUUUCCGGUAAUGGGGACUAUUGGACUAGGUAUGGGCCUCGCGCUGGACCAUCCUGUACUUCAGCUGGGUGGGUGGAUCGGAGCGCCUUUAUCGGUUUGUAUUCUCUUGUACUAUGCGAUAGUCGGCUUUUUCGGCGACAUUUACGGUUUCUACAUGUCCAUUGGCUACCUCUAUGGUCGACAUUUGGCACUGGUGAUGCUUGCAUACACGCCUGUUAGUGUAAUUAUUGGUUGCGGGAUGGUGACGGCAGGCCCUCAUGUUUCAAGGUAUCGUGCAAUCUUGUUGUUCUACCUGAGGCGCUACUGGCGAUCUCUUCGUGUCAAACUGCGGAGGCGAAGUCGGCCUCAAAGCAGUAACGGCAAAAUGGGCUAGUUCACAUAA